AUGAAUCCGAGCAGAGUGCUUGUAUAUAUCAUAGGCCUCCUCUGGCUACAUCUCACUGACGCGAAAAUUGGUUACUUCUGGCACAUCACAGACCUCCACUAUGACCCAUUCCACAAUUCACCAGAAUUUCACAGAGGCUGCAAACACAGUCGCGGCAACACCGAGCACAGCCACCGGAACGGCCGCCACCGCGACCACACCUGCGACAGCUCCUGGUCCCUGAUACAGAGCGCCGCUGCUUUCAUGUCCGAACGACAUCCGGACACGCUCGAGUUUGUGCUAUGGACAGGAGACAUACUCUCCUCUUCAAUGGAGCAUAUGAGUGAAGAAUUCAAACUAGAAGCGGUGCGAAACGUGACAGAUGUACUCAGUCGGACGUUUAGUAGCCAGUUUGUGUUCCCAGCGCUGGGCCAUAAUGACCCACCGCCAUCGAGACGGUUAGUAGACAUGUGGAUGCAGUGGCUCCCCACAGAAGCGCUCCGGACAUUUGAAACUGGAGGCUACUACACGAUAGAACAGUCACAUAGCAAGUUAAGAAUUGUAGUUCUGAAUAGUGUGCUGUGGGCGGGCGGGGCUGCACGGAGUGAUGGUUCUCAUUCUCAUCGCGGCAGAGCUCAAUGGGAUUGGUUAGAAGACGUUCUCCUUGAAGCUAGAAAAAAGAAAGAAAUGGUAUAUUUAGUUGCUCAUGCUGGGCCAGGGGUUGAGGAGCGUCAUAACGCUGGUAGUUCGUCGGCGUCAGGAGGCGGAGAAUUAAUACCCUCAGCCAAUGCUAGACUACUACACAUCAUUAAAGGUUUCAGCGAUAUUAUCGCAGGCCAGUUCUAUGGGCACCGCCAUGCUGACACAUUCAGACUCGUUUAUAGAGAUGGUCGACCAGUAUCAUGGGCUCUAUUAGCACCAUCGCUGACGCCCCGGGGUGCAGGCAGUAUAUCAAAUCCAGGAUUAAGACUGUAUAAGUUUGAUUCCAACACCGGGAAGGUGUUAGACUACACACAGUAUUAUUUAGACGUAACCAAUAGCAGAGGCGAGGUCCACUGGGCCGUAGAAUAUAACUUGACACAAUAUUACGGUCUUAGGGAGGUCAGUGCCACCUCCCUGGAUGCGCUCGCAGACAAAAUAAGGAGUCAUAAUGACAGAGGAGUAUUUACUAAGUAUAUCACAGCGUUGCGCGUGCGACAUUCUCAUGACAUUUCUGAUUGUGAUUCAGCGUGCGUACACGUCCACUACUGUGCUAUAACAAGAGCGGACUAUCACGAGUUUCGCGCUUGCGUCCGUAAUCCCGCAUCGGCGCUGGCAUCGCGCGCGGCACACAACUCAGCCGCCAUUUUGUUGCACGCCAUCUUGAUUUUAUUAACGUCAUAA